AUUGCUUAAAAAUAACAAAUGGGAAGAUUCAAAUGUCCACUUGUGCCGCCGAGUGAAGAAAUAUCCGUGUAUCACAACGACCCAGCGGUUAGUUACUCGAAGUCAACUACGAAAGGGAUUACAGGAAUAAAACUGACAACUCCGUACAAAUAGCUUUCUGAAAUCACUCCCAAUAGCAAAAAAACAUUCAAUGAGCACUUCAGAAUCAAACUACCAGUGCAAUGUGGUUGGCUCCCUAAAAUAGAUUGCCUAAGAAACUUUCUCCAAGCUAUAGUCAGCUGGAGCAUCAGUACCAAACAUGGGAUUUCAGAAAGAGUGGGUCUAUAAAGCCCUCCAUUCCUAAAAAGAAUGAUCAGAUGUUGCCUAAAUCUGUACUACAGAACCGCAGCAAGUCCAUAAUUCACAGACGUAAUGAGACAGUUGAUGGGAUGAUAAAGAUCUACGAUUGAAUAAAUAACACCUCUAAAUAAAUACAGAGUUCCUAAGUUCAACCAAGAUGUUGUUGACAGGACCCCUCUGUUUCGUAGCAAAAAGGCUUGCUUCCACAAGAGGAAAUACGGAUUCUCUAAUUUUAUUGAUAUUUCCAAACAAGAAAGAGAACUUAGUCGUUCUAAAUCUCCUCAGCCUCCAGAAGAACUUCCGAAAUUGUGCUCCAGAAAUCAUAACUCUACAGAGCUUAAGCGUCAUGAUCAACCUUCUGAUUAUAUUGAUGAGCAAGCCCAUGCUGCAUUCCAGCCCAACAACCAAGAUGCUAAAACAUUCGUCGUUCAUAACGGCAUUACUGGUAGAAUAACAGAAUUGAGUGAUAAAUCAGUGAAGAUAAAUACACACUCUAAGAGCACAGAGAAGUUGAAUAAAUCAAAGAUAAAUCACUGUUUGACCUCCUCUUCUUUUAAAAUUAAAAAUAAAAACAAGGACCCUCUCUUACUCCCAGAAACACUACCAGACAGAGUCCCAGAAGAUUACAAAACUUCUCUAGCAGAUUUGCGUAUUACUACUAGUAAAUCUCAGGCUUCCACUUUGUCAGAAUACACAGACAACGAAAGAAUCGUCUCAACUACAAAAUUGGGCACUUAUAACCCCCUCUCAAUACAGCAAAAGAUCAAGACCAAGAUGAAGAAUAAGUUGCUAGCCAAUGGCCUUAGCUCCUUACAAGCUAAAGGAUUGAAACUUGGAAAGGUUUUUAAUAAGAAUAACAGUCCAAUAAAACAUCUAAACUUGGGUUCUUUGCACAAGACUCCUGGAAACAAAAAAGGGAUCAUCAACUUGUAUACUAGCAUUGCCAGAGGGAAAAGCCAAAGCGCUUGCAAGACUUACAUUGGAGAAAACGAAGGCAUCGGAUAUGUUAAGAAAGAACUGAAAAUAUUUGAAAAAAAGAAUAGAAAUUUAAACCCAGAACCCAAUAGUUUCACCAAGCCAGUUAAAUAUUUCAAGCAAUCUUUUUAGUUAAAAUUUAGCUUGAAUUAAAUCUUUUA